CACCAUUUGAUGACUUUUCUCCCGAUUUUCUAGUCUCCUUCCUCCUCCCCGCUCGUCGUCUUCUCCCCCCCGUCAGAGCGAGACUGCGAGAGACAGCGCGAAGGUAGAGAGAGUGUGUGGAACAGUGGAAGCAGCAGCAAACGCGACCAUGGCGGGUGGCGCCGGCGGGCGGGACCCGCUCGUCGCCUCCGAGAUCCACGGCUUCCUCACCUGCGCAGACUUGAACUUUGACAAGCUGAUGAUGGAGGCUGGGACACGCUGGUUCCGGCCGAAUGAGAUCUAUGCGGUGCUGGCGAACUAUGCAAGGUUCAAGGUCCAUGCUCAGCCCAUCGACAAACCAAUUAGUGGUACUGUUGUUCUAUAUGAUCGUAAAGUUGUCCGGAACUUCCGUAAAGAUGGCCAUAACUGGAAGAAAAAGAAAGAUGGCAAGACUGUCCAAGAAGCCCAUGAAAAACUAAAGAUUGGUAAUGAAGAAAAGGUUCAUGUGUAUUAUGCUCGAGGAGAGGAUGAUCCAAAUUUCUUUCGCAGAUGCUACUGGCUACUUGACAAAGAGUUGGAGCGCAUUGUCCUCGUGCAUUAUCGUCAAACAUCUGAGGAAAGUGCCUUACCACCUUCGCAUGUAGAAGCUGAAGUUGCAGAAGUGCCUCGGAUCAAUAUGAUUCAUUACACCUCCUCAACAGAUUCAGCCUCUGCUCAUACUGAGCUAUCUUCUUCUGCUGCUGCUGCACCAGAAGAUAUCAACUCAAAUGGUGGUGGGGCGGUUUCUAGUGAAACCGACAAUCAAGGUUCUAGCCUGGAAUCAUUUUGGGUAGAUCUAUUGGAGUCAUCUAUGAAAAAUGAUACUCCUGUUGAUGCUUCUGCUUGCGGUGGAUCUUUGGUAUCAAAUCAGCAGACUAAUAAUGGGAUGGGAGAUUCUGGAAAUAAUAUCUUGUAUAUUAAUGCCACAAGUAAUGCUAUCUUUUCUCCACCAACUAAUGUGGUUUCAGAAGCUUAUGCUAAUCCUGGCCUUAGUCAAGUAUCAGAGAGUUACUUUGGAUCUCUGAAAGAUCAAGCAAACCAUGCUCCAUCUCUUUUAACAUCAGAUCUGGAUUCACAAUCAAAGCAACAUACAAAUUCUUUGAUGAAAACUCCGGUGUCUGAUAACAUGCCAAAUGAUGUACCUGCUAGGCAGAACAGUCUUGGGUUAUGGAAAUACUUGGAUGAUGAUAUUAGUUUAGAUGAUAAUCCAAGCUCGGGCAUACUCCCCACUGAACAGGUGACUGGCGAAAUACCCUUUCAGAUCACUGAGAUAUCCUCAGAAUGGGCUUAUUGUACUGAGGACACAAAGGUCCUUGUGGUUGGAUGUUUCCAUGAGAACUACAGACAUCUGGCUGGGACCAAUCUCUUCUGUGUCAUUGGUGACCAGUGUGUUGAUGCAAAUAUUGUUCAAACUGGCGUUUACCGUUUCAUUGCUAGACCACAUGCUCCUGGACGAGUCAAUCUUUAUUUGACUUUGGAUGGGAAAACACCAAUCAGUGAGGUUUUGAGUUUUCACUAUCGUAUGGUGCCUGACAGUCAAAACUUGGCUGAGGAUGAGCCCCAAAAGUCAAAGCUUCAGAUGCAGAUGAGACUAGCUCGAUUGUUGUUCACCACAAACAAGAAAAAGAUAGCACCCAAGUUACUUGUAGAAGGAAGCAAGGUUUCCAAUCUCUUAUCAGCAUCGACAGAGAAGGAAUGGAUGGAUCUGUCAAAAUUUGUUACUGAUUCUAAAGGCACUUAUGUUCCGGCCACUGAGGGAUUGCUUGAACUAGUACUGCGUAAUAGAUUGCAAGAGUGGCUUGUUGAAAAAUUAAUUGAAGGCCACAAGUCGACUGGCCGCGAUGAUCUAGGACAAGGGCCUAUCCAUCUGUGUUCUUGCUUGGGCUAUACUUGGGCCAUUCACUUAUUUUCUUUGUCAGGAUUCUCCUUGGAUUUCCGUGAUUCUUCUGGUUGGACAGCUUUGCAUUGGGCCGCAUACUGUGGAAGGGAAAAAAUGGUUGCUGCUCUUUUGUCUGCUGGAGCAAAUCCAAGCUUGGUUACAGAUCCUACUCAUGAUGUCCCUGGUGGACAAACUGCUGGUGAUCUGGCUGCUGGACAAGGUUAUCAUGGCUUAGCUGCAUAUCUUUCUGAGAAAGGGCUGACUGCUCAUUUUGAGGCUAUGUCACUGUCCAAGGGUAAGCGAUCAACAUCAAGGACAGAGUCACUAAAACGGAAUACCAAGGAAUUUGAAAACCUUAGUGAACAAGAAUUGUGCUUACGAGAAUCUUUAGCAGCCUACCGCAAUGCUGCUGAUGCUGCUAGCAACAUACAAGCCGCACUCAGGGAGCGAACUCUUAAGCUUCAAACAAAAGCAAUUCAGUUGGCCAAUCCCGAGAAUGAUGCAUCUGCAAUAGUUGCUGCUAUGAGGAUUCAGCACGCAUACCGGAACUACAACAGAAAGAAAAUGAUGAGAGCUGCUGCAAGAAUACAGAGUCAUUUCCGAACAUGGCAGAUUAGGAGGAACUUCAUGAACAUGCGAAGACAAGCUAUCAAAAUACAAGCUGCAUACAGAGGUCACCAAGUGAGAAGGCAGUACCGCAAGGUAUUAUGGUCCGUUGGAGUAGUGGAAAAAGCUAUCUUGCGGUGGAGGAAGAAGAGAAAAGGCCUGCGUGGCAUUGCAACUGGAAUGCCAGUAGCAAUGGCCACAGACGCAGAAGCAGCAAGCACUGCAGAGGAGGACUACUACCAGGUUGGUCGGCAACAAGCCGAGGACAGGUUCAAUAGAUCAGUGGUACGUGUCCAAGCUUUGUUCCGUUCUCAUCGGGCGCAGCAGGAGUACCGGAGGAUGAAGGUUGCUCAUGAGGAGGCCAAGGUGGAGUUCGGUCGAAAGUAGUUAAGACGGGCAUAGAUUCAAGAUCUGAAGUGACUUGUUGUUCCUUGUAGGGGGUUGGCUAGUUCUUCUAGUUCUUUGUAUAUCCGAAGGAACAGGCGUAGCUUGCGGAUGACGUACAUUCUAGGAACAUCUGACGCUCGUAGUCAGUCUGCCAACUGCCGUUAGGCUUCUUCUGUGGUGUGUAUUUGGCUGGGUUUUAGUUGGGCGAAAACGGCAUUGUGCUUUAUUAGGUUUGAUUUGUAUGGACGGACGCGAGUACGAAUAAGGUUGUAAAUGCUGAUAAUAAUUUCACCUGACUAUAAAUCCAGGUGGAUUGCAGGC